AUGCCCCCGGACAACAAACCUGGGGAUCUGCCGUCGCCGACGACAUCCGACCAUGAGCGCUCCCCCAUCCGGAACGCGAUCCGUAACUUCUCAACGCAGUGGUUUCUGAUACCACAAGGGACGGCAAUCCUUGCGACUAUCCUCCACCAAUUAGACUACCGCUUCAAUGGGUUGACUGUGAUUUCAUAUCUCUUCUGGGUAGCCGCCAUGGCUCUGCUACUGUCGAUGGUCUGCAUAUACGCCGUCCGGCUAGUCCUCUACCCAAAGCAUGUCCUCCAUACACUCAAGCACGAUAACACAACGCUAGUCUCGGGCUGGGGCGGCCCAUGGAGCAAAAUCCUCUUUGUCCUCUGGUGGGUGGCCACUGGGCUGGCUACUGUUGUUGUCAUCAUUCUCCCUUUCGUCUUCAUCAAAGUGUACCCAUCUGGUGUACCUCACAUAUCACCAGCUACACAACUAGCUCUUAUCGCGGCGCUGACCGCAGCAGCAGGAGGGGGGACGAUCUGCAACUCUGCUAUGCUGAGCAGCGACCAGCAAAUCCCUGUCAUCAUCGUUUCAUACCUCCUCAUCGGCAUAGGCCUACCGCUGGCUUUCGCACUGGACGUGUUGUUCUGGGCGCGGUUGUUGGGCAACUACCAGCCCCCUAAGCAGAAGGCUUUCCAGGAUAUGAUUCUCUGCGGGCCGUGGGGACAGUCUUCCUUCGCCCUACAGAUGCUCGGCCAAGCGGUCGUCAAGGGCAGCUUUGCGCAGUAUGCCAGUGGCGUGGUACUCACCGCGGACGCUUCCGGGCCUAUUGGCUACACGAGCAUCUUUGCGGGCCUCAUGGCGUGGGGGCUCGGUACUUUUUGGUGGUUCUCUGCCAUCAUGGGUAUACUUCACGCAUUUUUUGGCGGGAGAGAGCCGAAGAAGGUCUCCUACACUUUGGGGGGUUGGGCUCUGGUGUUUCCCUGGGGCGUGUAUGCAAAUGCUGCGGUUGAAUUAGGGAAGCUCCUCGAUUCUCAAGCUUUCAAAGUGUGGUCCACCUGUCUUGCCGCCAUGCUCGUGGUGAUAUGGCUUGUGAACGUUGUGUUUACUCUCAAAAUGCUGGCGACGAAGUUUUUGAUACGGAACCAAAAGCAUUGA